AUGGAGAAGUCAAGUAGUGAGGAUUCUUCAAUUCACCGGAGUCCAUCUUUGGAUAGCAAAGACUCAGAUUUUGCUAAACCUUCUACCUCAGGGAGGCAGUUUGGUCGAGGUUUUACUGCUGGAGCUUUCUAUGGUACAACUGGAUCACGUACACAGAGCCACACUGGGCUCGGAACUGGGACCGGCGUUGGGACUGGCGUAAAAAGUGACAAAUACAGUGCACCCAAAGGCAGCAAAUACGUGGUCUUUUACCUGGAUCUAUCCUUUGUUUUCCUUUUAGAAUUUAAGAAGUGCAACAUGGCAAGAGGCUGCCUGUGUUGUUUGAAAUACAUGAUGUUCCUUUUCAAUUUAAUAUUUUGGUUAUGUGGCUGUGGACUGCUGGGUGUGGGCAUCUGGCUGUCAGUGUCGCAAGGAAACUUCGCCACGUUUUCUCCCAGCUUUCCAUCGCUUUCAGCUGCCAACCUAGUCAUUGCCAUUGGUACAGUCAUCAUGGUGACCGGCUUUCUGGGCUGCCUAGGUGCUAUCAAGGAAAACAAGUGCCUCCUGUUGAGUUUUUUCAUCAUUUUGCUGAUAAUUCUCCUGGCAGAGCUGAUUCUACUCAUUUUGUUCUUUGUUUAUAUGGACAAGGUCAGUGAAAGUGCAAAGAAAGACUUGAAGGAAGGUAUGAAGCUAUACAAUUCAGAAAAUAAUGUUGGACUGAAAAAUGCAUGGAAUAUCAUUCAGGCAGAGAUGAAAUGCUGUGGUGUGAAUGACUUCACGGAUUGGUACCCAGUGCUGGGAGAAAACACUGUCCCAGACCGAUGUUGUACAGAAAACUCCCAAGACUGUGGAAGGAACUCUACUGAACUGGUGUGGAAAACGGGAUGUUAUGAGAGAGUCAUGACCUGGUUCGAUGAUAAUAAGCAUGUCCUUGGUUCGAUCGGGAUAUGCAUCCUCAUAAUGCAGAUUCUUGGCAUGGCCUUCUCCAUGACACUCUUCCAGCAGAUUCACAGGACUGGCAAAAAAUAUGAUGCCUAAAGCCUCUGAAACAUUAUCACAUCAACCCUUCUGUCUCAUCAUAAAAAUGAAUAAAAGGAAUGACAAAGUACCAAGCCUAGCCCUGCUGAAGGAAUCCAUCCCAUUGACUGAUCUACUUUGUUGUUAUUUGUCCAGUUAUUACCACAACUUGUUGACUUAUUUUUGUCUUUCACAUUUGCCAUUUAUUUGCCAAAGACGGGGGAAAUUCCCCAAAACUAUGGAUUUUCUACACAAAAUCAUAAGAAUGGUUCUUAAUGUUAAGAAAAUGUUUUGCUCUACUAAUCCAUGCUGUAUGUGCAAAAAUUACACGUGUUCAACUUCAAGGCAGAAGUCUUCAAAGUCUUCCAUUAGGUUUUCAACCCUCCUGCCUAAUUUACUGGAAGACUCAGAAAAGCCACUCUGAGAGUCCUAGGAAUUGGAGCUGCUUUGCUUUGCAGCUUCUUGUACCUUAUGGUGUAUACUUUUUUAUUAUGAUAAUGAUGAUGAUGAUGAUUAUGAUGGAUAUAGCUUAGAAUUUAGUAGCCUGACUUAUAACUUCUUACUGGGUUUGGUUUUACACAUUUAUUGUACAUUAAUUUGGGAAUCACUGUGCGAUCUCUAGAGGCGUAUUUUUCAAACUUGAUAGUUGGUGCAAGCAAAUGAAGACAUAACUUUUUAAGUCCAUGGGGAGGCAUCAUCUACCAUUUACCAAGGUCUUGAUGUCCUUACUGUAACAAACAAACCGCCUUUGUUACAACCUCAGAUGGAAUGCAAUGCCUUUCCUUUGGACCAGAUGGUGAACUUCCUACUCCUGUAAGGCAAAGUUCCAAUGCCUUUACUCACCCAAAGCAGUGUCUGGCUGCUUUGAUAUCAUGCUACUAUGAAAGCUGAAAGUACUAACUAAGCAAGUUACUGCUCCCUGACAUGAAGGAAAGAGACUGCAGUCUGGCCUACUGGCUAGUUGGCAACCGAUUUCACAGUUGUGAUGUCUGUUUCAAAAAGUUUGCCCAAGGCAUGGCAUGCUGCUGGAUAUGAGGGAAGGGCAGGGCAGUUUGAUGGCAACAUUGUCAUGCCGUGCCAUUCAUGGAAGGGGUCUCCUCAGGCAGAUGACAGCUGUCUCCCUGAGCUGGAAAAGUUGGUUUGAUUAAUAGUGACCAGAUGAUGCAGGAAAAGGGCAAUUUCCAAAACAGAGAAUGGAGAUUUUGUGCCUUUCAGAGCCAUAACAUGUCAAACUACACCUCUGGUAAACAAGUUUUUUUAAUGUCCAGUUUGAAUAUUUAUACUUUAAACUCUUUAAAGAUAUCAUUUGCAUUGUGUCUUUCAGCCUUGUGGGCUGAAACAGCUGUUUCAUAUCUGGGAGUUUUUAGUCCCAUUUAUUUUCCUAGUAGGUCCUGCGUGCAUCUCACAGCAACAGUGUUUUGCGUGGCCAAUGUGUCACUUUUUUAAGUUCCUGUGAAAUCAGUGUGACAGGAAGGAGUGUGAAUGCGUGGGAGACAGGGAUUAAUUUGAAGAUUACUAUUCUGAGAGUAUGGCCCUUGCCCAUAGGAGCAUAAUGCCCAAAGUUUCACAGGGCUGUUUCCCACUGAAGCAGACAAUACCAUAUGGGUUCAGCUAUUUCAAUUGGAUUGCCUUUGAAAGAAUCAGGGGAAAAGCAGAGGGAAAGCACAGAAACUGAAUCCAGUUUUACUUGCAUUUCUAACAAAAAUUGGGACCAGAAGCAUCUGAGCGCCACUGGAGAUGGAUGCUCCAUGUUGAAGAAGGGGCUCUGAUGCCCACUGUACUUGCUGCUACGUAAGACUGUAUCUGAAGUUGCUAAAAUGCAUUCCCAUUUUUGCAAGAAAAGACAGGACAAUUUUCAUCUGAUGGCUCCACUGCAUUCUCUCUAUGGGCAGAGGUGCUCAGCUUUCUCUAGCUUUCUCUGGUGUUCAAAAAGAGCAGGGUGCAGGCCUGAGCAGGAUCAUCAUCUCUGUCCUUUUUGGUCGCACAGUGGUACCUACCACAUCUUAAAUUUUAAUCUGCAGUUUUUGUACAAAAAAUGGUAAAAGUAUAUUAGUGAAAUUAAUAAGGAAAUAAAUGUUUAUGAGUAACUCA